AAUUUAGAGAGAGACGAUAUUUUGUAGUUAAGACUUAUUUUAAUGUUUGUGGCGUGGGUUUGUAUACGUUGUUUGUUACUAAAAGUUUUAUCUGUAAAAAUUAAGGUUAAAAAACGAGGGAAAGGAUGGAAAUCACGAUAAAAAAUGUGAAGCUCUGCCAAAAGGUAGCAUACCCAAUCACAAACCGUGACUACCACCUAGAAAAAGCUAUUUCAAAAAAAUUCGACUGUCCAGUUUGCAUGUACCCCUCCAGCCCGCCAAUAAUGAUGUGCAUUAACAGUCACAUAAUUUGCUUCGACUGUUGGAAACGAUGCACCCGGUGUCCUACAUGCAGGGCAGCCAAAACGCUUACAAGGGCAUUUACAAUGGAAAAAAUUCAUUUCUUAAUCAGCUUCCAAUGUAAGUGGGACGGAUGUUCUUUUGCUGGCAGCGCUUAUUCCACUGAAAUCCACGAGUAUUUAUGUGAAUAUUUCCCGUUGAAUUGUCCAUUAAAAACUGAGCAUGAGUGUACCUGGACAGGCACUAUGGGAUCGGUAACUGAACACCUUUUAAAGCAUCAUAUUGAUAAUGUACAUUUGGAACCUGUUGGCUAUUUUAUUUCUAAGGAUUUUUCUAGAUCCAAUAAAAAAGAAUAUACUGUGCUGUUUUUAGUAGAUGGUCGCCUUUUUAAAUUCUAUUGGUCCUACAACACGUUUCAUUCCCAAAAAGUUCAAUUUGGCAUGGUGUCUCUGGGAAACGGGAACCCUCUGGUGGUUUACAACUAUACAGUGACGUUUUCAAAGCGCUUUCCCUUCACCAGGAGUAGCAAGGUGAAAAUGAUGAAAUCGCAAGUAAAGAAAUCAUUUACCGAUUGCUCUAUUGUAAAUCGCGAUCCCAAUUUACCCGCCACGAAAAUUGUAAAUUACGAAAUUAAUUAUGGUAAUCUGGUGACUUAUUGUACGGGUGGUCGUAAUUUGUUUUAUCAAGUGGCUAUCGAAGUUAGUCACUUGGCAAAAUGUAAGAAUCCAUAUAGGUUUUAUAUAUGCUGAUUAUAAUUUUUUAUUUGGUAAUAUACAUACAUUUUUGACAUUUUAAGUAAAAGCUUA